AUUCCCUCCAAAAGCGAAGACGACUUCCUAGCCCUGGCCGCGUCCAGGCUGAGCCGCAAGAAGAGGGUGAUCGGGGCGGCCAUCGGGGUGGCCAUGGUCCUGGUCCUGCUGGUGGCCAUCCCGCUGGUAGUGCACCGCUCCAAGGCCUCCCCGCCCGACGGGGCGCUGGGCAGCUGCCACAUGGUCUGCGAGCCCCACACGCCCCAGACCCACGGGGCGGCCUCCGCCGAGGCCAGUCCGGAGCUGGCCGUCGUCUCCCCGCCCCCGGCCCCGCCGGGGGGCAAAGGGGACCCAGGGAGGAGGGGCAAGUCUGGGAUCCGGGCCCCGGGCCCCCCGGGGCCGCCGGGGCCGCGCGGUCCCGCCGGAGAGCCGGGCAGGCCGGGGCCGCCGGGGCCGGGGCCGGGGGGCUACGUCCCCUCGCUCUACAGCCCCCGGAUCGCCUUCUACGCCGGGCUCCGGAAGCCCCACGAGGGCUACGAGGUGCUGCGCUUCGACGACGUGGUGACCAACGUGGGGAACUACUACGAGCCGACCCGCGGGAAGUUCACCUGCCCCCUGCCCGGCAUCUACUUCUUCACCUACCACGUGCUGAUGCGCGGCGGGGACGGGACCAGCAUGUGGGCCGACCUCAUGAAGAACGGGCAGGUGCGGGCCAGCGCCAUCGCCCAGGACGCGGACCAGAACUAUGACUAUGCCAGCAACAGCGUCAUCCUGCACCUGGACGUGGGCGACGAGGUUUUCGUCAAGCUGGACGGGGGGAAGGUGCAUGGGGGGAACACCAACAAAUACAGCACCUUCUCCGGCUUCAUCAUCUACCCGGACUGAGCCCCCCGGACUGAGCCCGUCGGCCCCCCCAGCGUGGCCCCGGGGCCCCCUGGACUGAGCCCGUCGGCCCCCGCAGCGUGGCCCCGGGGCCCCCCCGGACUGAGCCCAUCGGCCCCCCCAGCGUGGCCCCGGGGCCCCCCCGGACUGAGCCCGUCGGCCCCCCCAGCGUGGCCCCGGGGCCCCCCGGACUGAGCCCGUCGGCCCCCCCAGCGUGGCCCCGGGGCUCUGCUCAGGGAAAUGAACUGGGACAGACCCCCGGGGGGGCUGUGGGUGGCUGGGUCUAGGGGUGCAGGGGGAACUAGGGGCUCAGGGCAUCUGCUCUGGCACCCCCAGACGUUACCAGCCCCUGAAGACAUGGGGGGGUGGCUGCGGAGCGGGGGGAGAAAACAGGCUGUGGUGGGGACCCAAACCCACCAUCAGCUGGGGGGAGGUGCUGAUGAUCUCCUUGCUGGGUGGGGCCCAAGGGGGGGGACGCUGGGAAGGGAGGGGUCGGGCACGGAUGUGGCGUUGGGGUGGGGGCUGCAGUUCUGAAGGGGCUGGUCUUUCCCACCCCAGGGGCCCUGCCCCUCCUGCCUGUCCCCCUGGGGAGAGGGGAUGGCACUGGCAGGCUGGGCAGAAAAUUCACCCCCCAGCCCCACCCCCGAGCCUCUCAAUCUCCAAUGACUUGACCCUCAUCCAGAACUGGGUGGAUGUCAGGAGGGGGACCUGGGGAAACAGCCCCCAGAUUCCUAACAGGUCUCACCUCCUCCUCUGCUCAGAUCCUACCCCCUGCCCCCGCCCCCGCCAGACACCCCCAGGGGCAGGAGAGAAGCCUGCCUUCUCCCUAGCAUUGGGGUACGAAUUGAGCAUCCCAGCUCCCCCCACAGCUCACUACCCUUGUACAGAGGCCCCCCAGACCCCGAAGUGGGGAGAACCCCUCCUACCCCUCGUCUCUUCUCCCCAGAUUAUACUCUGUCACCAUUUGCAGCCCCACAAGUCUCUUGCAUGAAGGGUUGUGGGGCAGCCCUAGAUAUUACGAUAUAUAGACUUCAGGGGGUUGCCCACUGGGUAUUGCCCAAGGGAUGGUCUCGUGUCCUAUCAACUGGCUGACAUGCGCCUGUCUGUACAUAAUCUCUCCACUGCCCCCUGCUGGAGGCCAUUGGAGCUGCUCGAGCGUGUGUCAUAGACCCUGUAUGGCUAAGGGCCGAUGGAGAGUCCCCCUCCCAGCCAGCCUUUGGGAGCGGGAGGAUCCGAGUCUCUCUGGAGUAAUAGAGAGAUGGGCCUGGCUGGGCCAGGGGUCUCCCCCAUCACAGCUGCCUACUGCAGUGGGGGGCUUCCCUCUGCCCCCAUGGCUAGCCGGGGGUGUCACAGAGUCCCUGGGCGAUGCUCUGGACCUGCUCCCUAUGAAGCCAGGCAGGACUCUGGGGAGUCUCCUCUCGGGGAGCAGCCUGUCUGCAGGACACACAGCUCACCCGGCUUCCCCCUUCCUAGGUCUGACCUCGGAGCAUUCAGCCUCCUCUGCCCCUCUGUGCGCUUCCCACAGCGAGUCCGCCCAGGCGGGGUCCUGGGGCAGCCAGAGGGUCCUGCCCCCCCAACUCCGCAGUCAGACGGGACUCUCAGUCAGCCAGUAAAACAGAAGGUUUAUUAGAUGACAAGAACAUGGUCUAACACAGAGCUUGUAGGUGCAGAGAACAGGACCCCUCAGCCGGGUCCAUUUUGGGGGGCAGUGAGCCAGACAACCACGUCUGCCCUUCACUCCAUGUCCCAGCCAGCCCCAAACUGAAACUCUCUCCAGCCCCCUGCCCCCGCUUUGUCCCUGUCCCGGGCCAGGAGGUCACCGGAUUCCUUUGUUCUCCAACCCUUUAGCUCUCACCUUGCAGGGGGAAGGACCCAGGCCAUCAGUGGCCAGGAAACAGGGUGUUGGCCAUUCUCUGUGUCCUGACCCCUGCACACACCUGCCCUCUAGGGCUCUGCAACGAUCAUACACCCUUAUCGCACCACUUAGAUACUUAAGAACUGCCUAAGGGAAACUGAGGCACCCCCACACCAUUCAGAGGAAACAUUAAGAACAGUCCUGCUUUGUCACAGGGGGUGGGGGCUGUAUUGUGUGGAUGGGGAGGGGAGCCUGUGCCACAAGGGCAAUGCCCAGACUCCGCCCUAGCAUCUUCCUAGCGAGCAAAGAAACAAGAUGGUUGGGUCAGAGCCGGGCCGCGGCCAAGCCCCUGCGACACCCCCCCACUGCCUUUCCCCUCCCCCAUACACACAACACCCCUCGCCCCCCCACAGCCAUUCCCCUCCUCCAUACCCACAGCCCCCCACUGCAGUUCCCUCCCCCAUACACACAACACCCCCACAGCCGUUCCCCCAUCACACACACAGCAUCACUGCAAAACCCCACUGCACCCCACAACUGUUCCAGCGUACACCCCACAUCCCCCGUCAGAUCCUCCCAGACCCGCACAUACCCGCAGAAACACCCCUGAUCACUGCCCCACUCUCGCCCGCCCACCAGUGAACCGCCAGGCCCAGCCACCCCCAUGGCUCUUCCCCGCCAGAGACCUGGGCUGGCUCUUUCUGCCCCGUGAGUGUGGCAGGGCGUGUGCGUAUCACGUGGGUGCUUUGCAGGCACGUGUCUGAGUGAGCACACAUGGAUGCGCAGCAGGGGGAUGUGCAGGUGUUUGCACGCACGUGUGCAAGUAUGUUUGCACAUGCACGGGGUGUUCUCCAAUUCCCCCUCCUCGAUCCAUCUUUCCCCUUCACCCCCCAUCACCCCAGCCACCCCUCAUUUCAGUCUCACCCAGCCUUCGGCUCUCCUCCCCCUGCUCCCCUCCCCCCAUUCCCCACCCUGCCCCGCCUCCUUUGCACACUCAGAAAGGUCACCCCCUGGUGGAAGCUAUUCCUCACUGGGGCAGCAUUGCUCUUCUGCGCACACGCACGCUGCCCCCUGCAUGAAGCCCCAUGUGCUGGCCACUCACCGACCACGGGUCGCAGGAGGGAGCUGUACAGUGACCUGUUCGAACUGUCCAGGGGCCGGGGCACUUCGCUGCGAUUAACCCGCCCGGGGCCGCUGACACCAGGGGCCCCGUGAACCCAUGUCUCCGAUCGCCAGGCUCUGUGUUUGAUCCGCCAUUAAAACACUCUGGUUUUGGACUCGCA